AUGAGUAUUCGCAAUAGUUUUUUCUUUGUUGCAUGUUUCCUGCUGGUAGUCCACGGACAAAGUUCCUACGGGAAGCAGUUUUAUGUAGGGUUCGCAGAGCAUUUUAACAACGAUGUGUCAUAUAGGCUGUUUGUGGACAUCGCAUCCAAUACUUCAGGUACUCUGUGGGUCUACAACAGUUACCUCGGCAUCAACACAUCGUACACAUUUAACAGAACUCGUAGCAUAGAAUUUGGUAAAAGUCUCGUAUUAUUAGGAAGCGGAGUAAGAAAAGGAGCUGGCAUACAUUUACUUAGUGAUGUGGAUAUUGGUGUGUAUGUAACAAACUGGCAUGAGCCUGGGACAAGCGCUGACACGUACACCGCUUUGCCACUGAAUGUACUUGGAAACAAGUAUAUAGUGGCCAGCAAUUCCCCAAAUAUGUUUGACGCCGUCUUCCUCGUUGUGGCUACUGUGGAUUUAACUCAAGUUAAUGUCACGUCUGCAAAAGGGACGUGGACACACAAAUCAUUGAACCGGUACGAUGUUUAUCAGGAAGUCAGCGGGUCAGAUCUUACUGGGACAGUUGUAUACUCGAAUAAGCCAGUAGCAGUUAUUAGCGGUCUUGGCUGUUCCUUUAGUCCCAAUAUACACUACGAAAGGUUCAUUGCCCGUGUUCUUUCUGAUUCCACAAAUACUAGUAGGACAUCAACGAUUUGUCAUCACUAUGUUGGGAAUCAAACCAACUGCCUUGCGUUCAGCCGGGCGAAUGUGUUAGACUCGAGGGUCGAGAGUCACGCUGUAGUUGUAACUGGGUCUGAGAAGUUUAAUGUCGUACAAAUAAAAGGCGAACAGGGCUACAUGACAUGGAUUCCAGCAGUUAACCAGUAUCUCAAUGAGUACGUGUUUGUUCUGCCAACCAUAUACGCCCAACAGUCGCAUUACAUCUCAGUGAUCAUUCCUACACUCGACAUUAGCGGGCUUAUAUUAGAUGGCAUUCUUAAUCCCCCAAAACGCCUUAGUGAGACGGUGCCAAGUCCGUUCAGCAAUUAUUCGGUAUUGACGAUUGACAUGAACAGUGGCUACCACACCAUUAAACACUCCAACCCAGCUGUUAAGUUUGGCGUCAUCUGUUUUGGAAUUGGAAAACUAAAUAUAUCUGACUCCACCGCAAGUUACGGAUAUCCAGCCGGCUUCAAAUUUGAGACGGAUUGGUGUGAGGCGAGGCCGUGUCUUCAUGGUUCCCGGUGUGUUAGCGGUGUGAAGGGGUAUACGUGCGUCUGUUCCAUGGGCUACAGCGGGCAGCGCUGCGAGAAUAAGGUUGAAGACUGUGCAUCCAAUCCUUGUCUUAAUGCAGGCACGUGUAUUGGCGGUUUAAACGAGUUCUCGUGCAUCUGUCUCCCGGGUUACGCCGGGAGCGUCUGCCAAACAGUGAUAUCGAGCAGCGUUAUGUGUUACUCGUGCGCGGACAUGUCGCACCCAGGACUUUGCGACACCAUGAAACAGUGUGCUUCUGGGCAGUCCUGUAUGAUACAACACAGUCAAAACAGAUUCAAGUCCGGUUGUGCUGAUUCCACGGUGUGUUCGAGCGCCCACAACAACUCAACUGACGGACACUGCACUCAGUGCUGUGUUGGAAACUUCUGCAAUAGCCACGGAUGUGGAGCACAAGAACUAUUUCUUCGUGAGGACCGGGGACCAGUGUGUUUCGACUGCGGUCACGUGCAGACCACGGGGAAAUGUAACACCGUGCAACCAUGUCACAAGGAUCAGGUAGGAUCAAAAGAGAAGUUUAUCAAGCGAUCAGACACGUUAAUUCCUCAAUAA